GCGCUGCAGUUUUCAUCCAGCUGCUCAGACUCCAAGGUGCUAUUCCUGAAUGAUAUCAAGAACAUCCUAGGCCCAGCCUGGUCUGAAGAUGGGAUUGUGAGCACAAAUGAAGACAGUGCCCAUCAAGGCAUCUUCAGUCCAGUGCAGCCCAAAGGUUUAUGUUCAGGACUUUCCAAGGAGAACAGUUCCCAGGGACCUGCACAGGACCCUGUUCUCUCACGCAGGUCAGAAAGGAUUCAGAGAUCCAAGAGCUUCCAAGUGAGAUCCAACGUCAUCCAGCAUUGGAGUUUCCACACCAGAGAAAAACCCUUCACCUGCAACAAAUGUGGGGAGAGUUUCUAGGACCGGUCACAUCUCAUCCAGCACCAGCGGGUGCACACAGGGGAGCAACUCUAUGAGUGUUCUGAGUGUGGGAAGAGCUUCACCGUGAGCUCGAAGCUAAUCCAGCACCAGGUAACCCACGUCAGGGAGAAGCCCCACAUGUGUGCCCAGUGCGGGAAGGGCUUCUCUAAGAACUCUCAGCUUAUCCUGCACCAGCGGGUCCACACUGGGGAGAAACCCUACGAGUGCAGGACCUGUGGGAAGAGCUUCAGCGUGACCUCAUCCCUGAUGCGACACAAGCGGGUGCACACUGGGGAGAAACCCUACGAGUGCAGGACCUGCGGGAAGAGCUUCAGCGUGAGCUCAAAACUGAUCCAGCACCAGGUAACCCACACUGGGGAGAAGUCCUACAAGUGUUCUGAGUGCGGGAAGAGCUUCUCCAACACCUCACAGCUUGUCCUGCACCAGCGGGUGCACACCGGUGAGAAACCCUAUGAGUGCUCCGAUUGCGGAAAGAGCUUCAGUGUGAGCUCGAAGCUCAUCCAGCACCAGGUAACCCACACUGGGGAGAAGCCUUACAAGUGUUCCAAGUGCGGGAAGACGUUCUCCGAGAACUCGAAGCUCGUCCUUCACCAGCGGGUGCACACCGGGGAGAAACCCUACAAGUGUGGGACCUGUGGGAAGAACUUCAGCAUGAGAUCAGCAGUGACACAACACCAGCGGGUACACACUGGGGAGAAACCGUUUGAGUGCAGCACCUGCGGGAAGAGCUUCAGCAGUAGCUCGAAUCUUAUCCAGCACCAGCAGGUGCACGGUGGGGAGAAGCCCUACAAGUGUACAGAGUGUGGGAAGAGCUUCAGUGUGGGGUCAGCCCUGACACGACACGAGCGGGUCCACACUGGAGAGCGCCCCUUUAAGUGCACCGAGUGUGGGAAGAGAUUCCUGUGGAGGUCAACCCUGCUCCGGCAUCAACGUGUUCACACCGGAGAGAGGCCCUACGUCUGCACCUACUGCGGGGACAGCUUUCGGCAGAGUACCAACCUCAUCCGGCACCAGCACAUCCACACUGGGGUGCAUCCCUAUGUCUGUGCCGAGUGCGGGAAGGGCUUCAAAGAGAGCUCAGACCUCUUCCGUCACCACCAGACCCACAGAGGUGGGGACCCCUAGGUGGGGUGAGUGUGGGGAGCAGUGAGGUCUGAUACCCUGAGAGUAAACCCUGGUGUCUCCCCCUCCCAUUGACCACCCUGCUUGUGGAGGUUGAAAGCAGUUUCUUCCCAGGAGAGUGAGCCCUCAGAGAUAAAGAAGGGGAGAGCCGGUGGAAGGAGCUGAUUGGAGGUUUGGGGCAGGUGCCAGCAAGAAGGUGCCCGACUCUUUUCAGUGGUGGGCAGCCCCAGGAUGAGGAGCAGUGGCCAUGAACUGAAACAGAAGAGGUUUGACCUCCACACGAGGAAGAACUUGUUCCAUUGCAGUGGCAGAGCACUGAACAAGGUGUGCAGGGGGAUGUGGAGGCUCCAUCUCUGGGCACAUCCAAGCCUUACCUGGACACGUUCGGGUGCCCCUGCCUCGGCAGGGCUGGGACCGGGUGACCCCCAGGGUCGGCUCCCAUGGCUGGUGCCGCUCGCAAUGGCCACGCGCAA